UAUGUUCCCAGAAAAGCCCUGGCAUUCAAAGUUUUUCAAUGCCAUCGGGGAACUAUCUCACUCACCAGGGAAUAUAUUUUCCCAUUUAUAGCACAGAAGAAGUGCUAAACUAUGUAAAAAAGGAAUAUCAACUCUUGGACGAUGAUGUAGUGACUGUUGCCUACCCUAAGUCAGGAACCCAUUGGCUGCUGGAGAUCUUGGGGCUGAUAAGGCACAAUGGUGACCCUGCCUGGGUGCGCAGUUUGAGUGUGUGGGAACGGAGCCCCUGGAUUGAGACUGCCAUUGGCAUAGAGAGAACCUUGAGGUAUCCACCACCCAGGAUGUUGACUACUCACGUGCCAUUCCAGUUUUUCCCAAAAUCCUUUCUCCACUCCAAAGCCAAGGUUAUCUACAUCUUACGUGACCCCAAGGACGUGCUGGUCUCACUCUACCACUUCUGUAAGAUAUUUAAACUUUGGGAGAUCUCAGAAACAUUGGAAGAGUUCCUGGAAGACUUCCUGAAAGGGAAUGUGAUCUACGGUUCCUGGUUCAACCAUGUGAAGGACUGGAUGGAGAUGAAGGACAAACCGAAUUUCUUCUUCAUCGGCUACGAAGAAUUGCAGCAGGACCUGCGCGGCAGUGUGGAGAGGAUCUGCCACUUCCUUGGGAAGGAACUCAGCCGCCAACAAAUUGACUCAGUGGUUGAAAAUGCCUCCUUCCAGAAGAUGAAGGACAACACAAUGACCAACUACUCUGAGCUUUCCUUUAUAGACCACAACAAAGGAAAAUUUAUGAGGAAAGGAAUCAUUGGAGACUGGAGGAACCAUCUGACAGUGGAACAGAGCAAAUACUUUGACCGCAUGUAUCAGGAAACCAUGCAGGAUGUGAACAUCGCCUUCCCCUGGGGCUGAAGAAUGCCAGAUUCUUCCUCUUCUUGUUCUCACAACUACAGCCUUUUUCGGAUGUUCCAGGUUGGGGAGGGGGCGGGUUGGAGUGGGAUGGCAGCUGUCUGACUUUUACCUCUCCACCUCUGACCUUCAUGGGAUAGAUACUGAAAAAAAGAUACUAUGAGUGUGCUAUUGUAUGUAUGUAUGACUCUCAUAUGUUGGGAACUGUGGGGAAAGUACAUUUUCUGAUUGCACCAAGAGAGAGUGCACCGAUACGGAGGCUUGAGGAGAAGGGGGAGUAUGCGUGCUGUAGAGUGCAUUACAAAAGUACCACCAAGUUUUGGACUUGACUUCUGAUAAUAUGCCAAAAUAGCACAGAAAAGGA